AUGGAUCCAUCUUGCAUGAAGGUUGGGGGUCACACCAUGCUGCCCAUUCGCUGGAUGCCUCCAGAGAGUAUCAUGUACAGGAAGUUCACCACAGAGAGCGAUGUCUGGAGCCUGGGGGUUGUAUUAUGGGAAAUCUUUACCUAUGGCAAACAGCCAUGGUAUCAGCUCUCUAACAACGAGGUGAUUGAGUGCAUCACUCAGGGCCGAGUCCUGCAGCGACCUCGCACAUGCCCCAAGGAAGUGUAUGACUUGAUGCUGGGCUGUUGGCAACGGGAGCCUCACAUGAGGCUCAACAUCAAAGAAAUCCAUUCACUCCUCCAGAAUUUGGCCAAGGCAUCUCCAGUCUACUUGGAUAUUUUAGGCUAAAGUCUCCUAGCAUUUCUUUUUAUGGGCUGCAGGAAUGAAUGUGUUCAACUGCCCCUGAACUCCAUUAAAAUGUGUUCUUAACUUUGACAGUAUUAAUGACAAAGUCGCGGAGAAGCUUUCAAAGGGCAAGCGAUGUGCACUUCUCCAUCUGUAGACACAGUAUUGACUUUUUAGACAUUACUGAGAUGUAUCUCCUCUCUCUCUCUCUCUCUCUCUUUCAGUUUCUAUCAUUUUUUCCUUUUCUCUUGUCUUUCUAAUCAAUUUGGCUUCUGCAUUAUUAUAACUCUGCAUAGACAAAGGCCUUAAAAACCUGAUCAGCAGACUCUUCAGUUUGCCCACCACAACUAACAAUGCCUUGUUGUAUUCAUGCCUUUGAUGUGGAUGAAAAAAAGGGAAAAAUAUAUUUGACUCAAACUUUGUGAUUUCUGCUGUACUGCUACUGGGAGUUUCUAUGGAUUCACCUCAAUUUUUUUUGCUUCAGCAUGUGGGUGGAAAAAGAAGACUGGUUUUCUCUACAUGAAGCAUGUUCCUUGAGGAGAUAAAGCCAGAUGGAAAGAAGACAGUCUUGUGUGAUACACUAUCUGGAGGAACUAGGGGAUCAGAUGGCAUCCAAACCCACAAAAAACCCACUGAAAAGAUUUGAUGGAAGGCAAGAGGGGGUUUAGCACUUUCCCUGAGGAGUCUUUCUGAGGACUAAAAGGAUUGUUCAAGGAGGUGCUUUGCCAGCACCUUUCAUUGCCAGAUUUAAGUAAAAGGGAAAAAGAUGCUGCCUGCAUUGAACACAAUUACGUUACAAUGUGAUAAACUAAACACACCCCCUUAUUUUGUCUUCUGGUAGGAUAUUGUCAUGCCACUGGUAUAAAAAUGUUCUCCAGCUAGUAUUUUUUAAUAAAGGCUGAAGCUAGGCUUAUAAAUAUACAGUAUUAAUUUCAGGAUCACAUGUUGAAACUAAGGAUUUUGAUAAGAUAGGACAAGCUGUAGAUGCUGGUGCAGGUGUAUCUUAUACUGUGCUUGUCCAGCAGCAUAUUCCUUCCUCAAUCAUUUUUCUUUUUUCUUUUUUUUUUUUUUAUUGAACCAUGCAGCAAACCUGUGCAUGGUCUUUGUUGAUUAAUGCCCUUUGUGCAGAAACUAUCAUUCAUCUUGUAGUACACCCUAGUAGGCAUAGCGAACUCAUAACAAUAUAGCUUAUAUUUCAUUAGAAGAGGCUAAUGGAGGACAUUAGCCAUGUUAAAAUGCCUUUACAAUGUUGCAGAUACAAUAGGCUGAUAUAACAUUAAUAAUCUAAAGCACGGAGAUCACUGGUUAUGUUUGACACAUGACAGGGGAUAGAGAUCUCUAGAGAAAAAAUAUUACUCUGAGUUUAUGGCUUACUAUUCAGAGCGCAAAGACUCUGAGCUCAGCACCGUGUUUGUAUUGGUACUAGUGCUGUCAUUACCAACAUACUCUUUUUCUUAAAGAAUUUAUUUUUGGUUGGAUUGGCAUUGUAUGUGUACAACAUUUGCAUGGCCACUGUGUUGAUGACAGCUUCAUGGGCAUACCUGUUAUUUUUCAAACUGGAAGUUUGAAGAUUUCAAAUUUAGAGUUAGGGUUAUUUUUAAUAUGAAUUCUUACAAAUGAAAACCUACCUUACCUAUUCCUCAAGACUUUUGCCUCCCUCUGUGAGGGAGCGUUACUGCAAAAAAAGUGAUUGUUCUUUCAGUUUUCUCUUUUUGUUAUUUUUAUUGAUAUGAGCCAGAUCAAAAUAGUCCUUCAUCUUUGUGUUGGGGAUAUUUUAUUUAGUAAAUUAAGCAUUUUAUUUUUGUAAGUGUUCCCAUAGCACAUUUAAUAUAAUUUGCUUGCAUAUAUUAUUUAUUAAGCACUUCAGGUUUUUUCUUCAGAAGCUUUGAGAGCUAGCUCAUGAAGAUUCUGAACAUUUUCAAAAGAGAACAGUUCACUGGACACUGAUGAAGUUUUACCCUUCUCAAUGUCUUUGAAAAGGCAGCAUUACAAAUAAACAUGACAGUGUAACUAUAAAGCCAUACUCAGUAUUUCUUUAAUAAACUAGAUGUUAUUUCUUAAACGCUACUGAACUGGAAACACACAAAAAGCCAGAAGAAGAUUCCUACAAAAUGGGCCUUAAGAUUUUAUCUAGACUGUCUUGGAAGUUCACAGAAAGCUAGAUAAAGACUGAGCAUCCAGUGAAACCCAUUCUCUUGAGAAUCUGAAUGUUGUGUUUUAAAGGGAUUUGAAGUUGAUUUUCAAAAUAGUGUUGGAGAAGAAAGGUGUCAGAGUCUGCUCUUACUGUGCAGUGGGAGGAGGCUGCAGCUGGUGGAGGGGGUGCUAAGCUUCUACCUGCUGUAUUUUGCGUUAGUUUCUUAUGAGCUGAAGAAAAAGGCAUCUGAGAUGCUGCUUCUAUUGGAAAGCAGGCUCCAGCCUGAAAGCAAACAGGUGGGUUUUGCAAGCACUGGAAGAAUGUAUACCAAAAAUAACCACAAAACCCUGAAAAUGUACUUAGUGGCAUCUUCUUUUUAAUUUACUAGUGAGACUAUUAGAGUCAUUUCAGAGAAUAAAUAGUAUUACAAUGCAUUGUGCAAUAACAUAGCAGUAUGUUAAACUUCUAAAGGACCAAAUGUUCUACAGAGCCACCAGUAUGGAUAACCUUGACCUAUAUCAUUAGUGUUGUUGAUAGUGCAUAAAAUAUAUAAUCACAGUAGACAAGUUAUAAACUGUAGCUAUACAUAGUUUGCGUUUGUUCAUGAAAAAGUGGGUAAGUGUAGCAGAAUGAGCAGAGAAGAGGAAGAAAUGUGUUCAAAUCACAAUGAAGGGUGAGUAUAUGUGCAUAUUCAUCGCGCUUGCACUGUCAGCUAAAUUGUCUACACUGAGUAAAUAUGACAAUCAGGCUCAUUUGAAAAGUCUUUCUGGACUGUGCUAUGAAUUGAUCAUAUAUAUAAUAUAUAUUAUAUAUGUGUGUUUGCAUAUGGCAUAUAUAUAUACACACAUAGCAUAUACAUGUAUGCCUAUGUCUGUUGUAUUUUAUUUAUAUAUGUGCAGACAUGCAUGCACAUUAUGUGUGGGCUGUGUGUAUAUGUAUAAAUUUACAUACACCUAUGUUACAACAAAUUAUGAUUAGUGCUAAUAAUAAAUUGAUAAAGUCUGCUAAG